AUGCCUGAUCCCAAGAAAAACGACCUGCCAUACAUCCACCGCUACAUUACCACCCAUAGCACCGACGGCGAAGCAGUGUUUGUCUCCCACGCCCAAGUCCCCGACUACAUGCCGUCACGGCCGGCCGGCAACGACGGCGAGAUCGCUCUUUUAUACGCCACGACCAGCGCCCCGGCCAACCUAGACGACGAAGCCGACCUCGCCAUGUACGACGAGUUCCUUCACCAGCCACCGGGCCUCACCACCGACGCAGGAACGGCCUUCCGGAUGAUCGACAUUCGCCCGGGCAAAGUCACGCCGAUGCAUCGGACGGUGAGUAUUGACUACGGAGUGGUGGUGGAGGGCGAGGUGGAUUUGAUCCUGGAUUCGGGGGCCAGCCGACAUCUGCGACGCGGCGAUGUCAGUAUACAGCGGGGAACAGCACAUUCCUAUCGGAAUCGCAGCACGUCGGAAUGGUGCCGAAUGCUGUUUGUGUUUCUGCCCAUAGACAAAAUCACCAUCAACGGAAAGGAAAUGGGAGAAGAGGUAUAUGACGAGCCGUAUGAGAAGCCCGAGGGAGGAUGA